CUGCGGGAAGGGGCCACGGCUGCCAUUGACCCCCAUGUCCUGAUCGCUGAGGAUGAGGACUCCCCCGCAGAGGAGCUGACCUACUCCAUCCAGGCCCCAGUCAACGGGAAGGUCGUGCUGAGGUCGGCACCCAGCGCUGAGGUCCGGCAGUUCACCCAGGCCCAGAUAAAUAAUGGCCUCGUCCUCUUCAUGCACCAAGGGAGCACUGUACCCCCAAGGCAGAUGCUAACCAAAUCACACGGCACCCUGGUCCAAACUGUGCCAGGUUAAUGGGGGCUGCAGUUCCCCUACCCACUGUAAAUGCCCACCUCUGUGCUCUCCACAGGGCCCCUGGAUGGGGGCUUUGCCUUUGACCUGUGGGAUGGGGAGAACUUGUCUCCUGGGCACUUCUUCCUCAUCAGGGCACAGAGAGAGCCUCUCAUCAGCCUGACCAAGAAGCAGAGCCUCACCAUCUGCCCAGGCGCCCUGCAGCCCAUCACCAGCCAGAACCUGCAGGCAGUGAGCAACAGCCCUACAAGCUCCACGGCUCUCUACUAUAGCAUCGAGCAAGCCCCACGCCUGGGCAGGCUGAGCACCUCCCACGGGGAAGAAAUUAGAAACUUUACCCAAGCCCAGGUGGACAGCCGGUUGAUUUUCUACCAACAUGAGAUGCCAGAGAAGCCCUUCUGGCUUGCCCAAGAUGCCAUCCGCUUCCGUGUAGUCAGUCCUACGACAAUCUCCGACUCCUUCAUCCUCCUCGUACUGAUCUCCUUCGAGGCCACGUGUCCCCAGCGCUCAACUCAGCUAUGGAGAAAUGCAGGUCUCCAGCUUGCAAGUGCUCAACAAGCUGAGAUCAGCACCUCAGUUCUGGAUGCCUCCAACCUCCUGAGCCAAAUCCCAGUCCCCGAGAGGGCUGCUUAUGAUGUUGUCUUCCUGGUGACAAGGCUGCCGGCUCGCGGGCAGCUCUUGGUGGCCGGUGUGCCCCUGGAGCAGUCACGGUCAUUCUUCCUGCAGUCAGACCUGGCUGCAGGGCGCCUGGCCUAUGCUCAUGGUGGGGACAGGGGCUCCGAAGACCGUUUCAGAUUUAAGGCUUGGCUCCAGCCCCAGGUGCAGCAGUCCCUCCAUCCUCCACAGGAAGGGGUGGUCCUCUCUGAAGCUUUCAAUAUAACGGUGAUCAGCAGCAGCAAGCCACCACAGGUGGUGAAGCAGCAAGAAGUGCUGCGGGUCCCACCCGGCUCCGUGGUGACCUUGUCCCAGGGGUACUUGGAUGUGGCAGACCUGUCGGGUUCCCCAGAGGAGAUGGUGUACAGUGUCCUCCAGAGAGCCCUUGCUGGCCACCUGGCCCAUAUUCACAACCCUCAAAAGCCCAUCGACCGCUUCACCCAAGCAGAUGUCAACGCAGGCCACGUGGUGUUUGUUGCCACUGGGAGCGCUGCCCCAGGGUCCAUAGCCCUGAGCCUUGCCGAUGGCCACCACCCUCCUACCCUGACCUCACUGGAGAUUGAGGUGCUGCCUGCAGUGAGCACUGCUGCCAGCCCAGUGCUGCUGGAGGUGCCCCAAGACCUGAACAGGGCCUCUGUGUCCCCCCAUCUCCUCCUGGGAGCCACGCAGCUACGCGCAGGCAAUGCCCUGUACAGGAUCACCAAGGACCCCAGGUUUGGCCAAGUGCAAGUCAACCAAAAGCCAGUGCGGGGCUUCUCCCAGAAGCAGCUGGAGCGUGGGGAGGUGACAUUCGCCUUCACCGACCUUACCUCUCCUGAGGAUGACUUCCAGUUCCUUGCCAUGUCACGGGCGGCAAACAGGACUGGGGUGGUGAAUGUGACCGUCCGUGCCCUGGUGAAGGCUCAACCUGGCAGCGUGUGGCCUAGGGGCACCACAGCCCUCCUGGACACCAGCAUCCUUGAUGCCAGUGAGCUGGCCAACCGCACCAAGAGCGUCCCAGUCUUCAAGAUCCGCAGGGUGCCCCGCGGCAGCCGUCUUGUGAAGGUCUCCAGGGACUCAGGACGACCCACCACCUUGAUCGAGACCUUCAGCCAGAGCGAGCUAGAGCAAGGGCUGGUUGGCCUGGAGGUGCUGGAUGCUGGGGAGACUGAGCAGCCCCUGCAGAGUGACAGCUUUGUCUUUGAGCUGGCAGCCGCUGGUGUGCCCCCGGCUCUGGCGUCCCUCGGGUACAGCACUGAGCCCUACAACGCCUCAAAGACCUAUGGUGUCACCUUGCUCAUGGCGCCCACCGCACCAUCACCUCCAGUGCCCCAGCCCCAGGGCACAGCAUGGAGCAGCCCCAAUGCCAGCGAGCUGGGCAUGCCCCCCACUGCCUGGCCGAGCCCCGGCGCUACCACCAGUCCCAGCCCCGUGGAAGGGGGCACCUUCCUCAGCUUCAUCGAGGCCAACAUGUUCAGCAUCAUCAUCCCCGUGUGCCUCAUCUUCCUCCUGCUGGCUCUCAUCCUGCCCCUGCUCUUCUACCUACACAAGCGCAACAAGACGGGGAAGCACCACGUCCAGGGCACCCCCUCCUCCAAGGCCAAGAAUGGGGCCGUACCAGACCACGAGACCUUCCGGAGGACGGACCCCAACCAAGGGAUCCCCCUAACAACUGUCAAUGCCCUGGAAGGCAAGGGCCCAAGUCCCUCACCCCAGGGCAAGGGUCCUGGGGGACCACCAGACCCCGAGCUCCUCCAGUACUGCCGGACUUCCAACCCCCCCUUGAAAAACAACCAAUACUGGGUGUGA